AUGGAUGUACCUCUUGGGUACAACCUUCAGGGGGAGCAUUAUCCAAAGGGGACUAAGUCUGUUUGUCGAUUGUAUAAGGUUAUCUAUGGAUUAAAACAAGCCUCAAGACAGUGGAAUUCUAAGUUCACAAGUGUUCUUUUGCAACAUGGUUUUGCUCAGUCCAAAUCUGACUAUUCCUUAUUCACUAAAGGUGCUGGUUCUUCCUUUGUGGCAUUGUUGGUCUAUGUAGAUGAUAUCAUAAUUACAGGACCUGAUCCUGCAGUGGUUACUUCCUUGAAAUCAUUUCUGCAUACCCAUUUCAAACUCAAAGAUUUGGGAAACUUGAAAUAUUUUUUAGGACUUGAAAUUGCUCGUGCACAGAAAGGUAUCUUUCUUUCUCAAAGGCAUUAUACAUUGCAACUUCUUGAAGAUACUGGUUUUCUGGCUUGUAAACCAGCAUCUGUCCCUAUGGAUCCUCGUCUUCAAUUAAAUGCAAAGGAUGGAGAACUACUCACAGAUCCAUCUCAAUUUCGCAGACUUAUAGGUAGGCUUCUCUACCUCACUCUUUCUAGGCCUGAUAUCACUUUUGCCGUACACAAGUUGAGUCAAUUUAUGUCUCAACCUCGCACCACUCAUCUGCAAGCUGCUCAUCAUUUAUUGAGGUACCUCAAAGGCAGACCUGGGCAAGGGGUCUUAUUUUCUUCUUCAUCUUCUAUGCAACUUAAGGCUUUUAGUGAUGCUGAUUGGGGUGGAUGCCCAGAUUCCAGGAAGUCUGUGACAGGCUUCUGCAUCUUUCUUGGAGAUUCUAUGAUUUCUUGGAAAGCUAAAAAGCAAACCACUGUUUCAAGGUCAUCAGCAGAGGCUGAAUAUAGAGCCUUGGCUGCUACUGCUGCAGAAUUGUGUUGGCUAGCUCAACUGUUACAAGAAAUAGGAUUCAAACUGAAUUCUCCAGCUGCACUCUUUUGUGAUAAUCAAGCAGCUGUCCAUAUUGCUUCCAAUCCCACUUUUCACGAGCGCACCAAACACAUUGAAAUAGAUUGUCAUUUUGUACGUGACCAAGUUGCUUCUGGUAUUAUCAAGCUGCUGCCCAUUAGAUCUCAUCUUCAACUUGCUGACAUUUUUACUAAAUCUCUGCCUUCCUCUUCUUUGUUUCCUUUGUUAUCCAAGAUGGGAGUGUUAGAUAUCUACUCUCCAUCUUGA